AUGAACUCUCUGAGUGCUCUUGCAAACAUUGGCACACCUCCGGCUACCCCAGCGCGAUCGCGAUCUGGCUCUGAGAGCAACCUACUACACGCACAACCUCGGUCUGGCUUGUCGCAGUCUCCCGAGAAUGCGAGCGCGAACAUAGCAUCACUCGACGAGAAGCUGGAGGGCACCAUGGUUCCGGAAAGAACGCAAGGAACCGACACCUCUACCACGAAUGCGCCGUUGUCCGCGCACGACGAAAAGACGCCGCUGCUCAACCCAUCGAGCGGUCACUUCGAACAAACAAAGCCUCGCAAGCGCUGGCUGUUCCCCAAGCGUGUCUACGAAGGCGUUGUGGGAGGUGUUGCUGUGCUGCUCAGCCCCAUUGUGUACACGGGCCAGUACCUGGUCGCGUGCUUCUAUUACGAAGAGGGUGGUAGUUUCUCCGUGGUCGCACCCCUGUACCACAUGACUCGACUUGUCAGAGGCCCGCAACGAAAGAAGGCUGCCUCAAAAGCGAUGCGCUCGUCUGAUCAGGACAGCGACGAGAAGGGCAGGCGUGGGAGCAGGCGCCUCAGCGUUACACAAACCCAGAAGAGAAAGUUGACACGGCGGUCUCCAUCGAUAGCAUCGACCUCGACAGCCAUCACGUCUGACUCCGAGAUCGAAGGCGAGCGACCGCGCACGCGCGACGGGGACCUUGACUUCCCAUCGCGCCACACCCGCUCAAAAUCAAAUGCCUCAUCAGCAGGCGAGGAGAUUGCUCCUGCAAAGCGAUCCAUCCGAAUCAAGCUGCACAAUGAGGAUGCGCUUAGGCAGCGUAAGGCGGCGAAGAAGGCUCAGUCGAACAGCGAGGUAUCGCCAGAAGCUGCGAACGCGCUCAAGUCGCCCACAGGGCCCAUGACUGCAGCGGCGAAGCACAAGUUUCCACGAGCGCCGCAGCCUCCACGCCCGCUGGUACCACGACGACAGCCGUCUUACUCUGCGAAAGGAGCAUCUGCGGUGGGACCGCAUCAGAAGACGCUCAUCCUGGAUCUCGACGAGACGUUGAUCCACAGUAUGGCGAAAGGUGGUCGCUUCCAGACCGGCCACAUGGUGGAGGUAAAACUCCAGGCCUCGGUUGGCGCAGGAGGGCAGAUCAUUGGCCCUCAAGUCCCUAUCCUAUACUACGUUCACAAGCGACCGUUCUGCGACGAGUUUCUGAAGAAGAUCUCCAAGUGGUACAAUCUCAUCAUUUUCACCGCAUCGGUUCAAGAGUACGCCGACCCUGUCAUCGACUGGCUAGAGGUCGAGCGUAAGUACUUUGCCGGCCGCUACUACCGCCAGCACUGCACUUUCCGCAACGGCGCAUACAUCAAGGAUCUCGCUCAGGUAGAGCCGGACCUCAGCAAAGUCAUGAUCCUGGACAACAGUCCCAUGAGCUACAUCUUCCACGAAGACAACGCCAUCCCCAUUGAAGGCUGGAUUAGCGACCCUACAGAUUACGAACUGCUGCACCUUAUCCCUCUCCUGGAAGGUCUGCAGUACGUGACUGAUGUGCGCGCGCUGCUUGCCCUUCGACAAGGUAUGCCGUCGUCGGUGUGA